UAGAGGGAGGUCUAAAUUUACUGCUGGCUUCCAUUCUACUGCUGUGUUGUCUUGGGUAAACUCUUGGCUGCAGCAGAUGGUGGACAGAAGAGGAAGAGGGGAGAUUAGAGGUAUUGACACUACACAUACAUAAACACAGGUAUCAUCAUGGGUCAACUGUUGUCAUCAGAAGAAGAGCUUUCUCAAAUGAAGGAUGCAGUUGGUUCCCUCCUCUACAAUACCAUGUUGGAAGCUGGUGCCGUACCUGACCUCGGAGUUGUCCACCCUCUUCUCUUAGCCAGUCAUGAUGAGAGCUUUGACUCCCGGGACCACCUCCAGGAACAGCUGCAACAGUUGCAGAGGGGCAUUGGGAACAGGGCACCCACCUACCUGAAGGAUCUGAUUGGCCGACUUACGACUUUCUCAGAUGAGCCACGCUUAGCUGGCCUGGUGGGAUUAGUGGUUACUAUGGUGAUGGACAUAGCUUACACAUCAUCAGGGGUGAAAGGAAAAUCAGCGGGGUCAUCAUCAUGCCAGCAAAGAGUCUGGGAGCUCCAGGAGGUGAUGGAGGAGUACCUGAAGCGCUGUAGGAUCAACCUGAGCAAUAAAAGCAGGCUGAUCCAGGACUGUGUCAGACUUGAGGCCCAGCUCAGCCUCACGCUCACCCAGCUGAAGACCUGCCUGCUGGUGGGAGACUGUGACUCCAGGUCUGUGAGACACUGGGCCAGUGCAGCAGCAUUUCACACCCAGAUGUUGAUGCAUCUAGCUGUUCUUGACGGUCACGUUGAGCCCCUGGCUGCAAGAACAGCACUGGAGCAAUACAAGGAGGACCUUAUACAGAUCAUACCAUCUUACAGGAAAACUAUGAUUACCUGCAAUCAUGACACAAUAAAUAUCAUGUAUUAUAAAUCUAACACAGUGUGUGUUGUGAAAUGUCGAGGGGGUCUUUCGGCAUCAUAUGACUCCAGUGAAGUGCCAGAGGUGGGAGCCAUGACAGGACUCAUUGUAACAGACAGAGAGACGGGAAAAGGUGUGACCAUCCCUCUCUCCAACUUGGAGACUGAGAUAGGGAGAAGAAGGGUUUCUGAUGAUACCUCUCCAACUGUGUCCUCUUCCAUCAACCUGGACCUGAUCACCUCAGAUCAAUAUGCCCAGGCAUAUCUGGACCAUCUGUUCUCUGGUAAGGGACCUGUGGCAGAACUGGAGAACUACUUUACCAAGGCUAGCGACUAUAUGAGAACAUUAGGAACAGAACCAGGAUGCACAAACAAGACACAUGAGCUAGAGCAAAGUGAUGGAGCGCACCUUAAAGACCUUGCAGAGGGAACAGAUGCAUAAUAAAGAGUGGACACGGGCAAAGAUGAUAAACAGGAUGAAACAGAGAGGAGAGAAAGCUAAGAAGAGAGAGAGGAAUGCAAUCAAAGAGAUGAAAGUUUGAAACUGAGCAUUGUAGAGCCAGAGUCAGAGCAAAGUCUCAAUCACAGUUUUCACAAUGCAACGAGUACAUAAAAGCAACAACUGGACAGCAGCCAUAUCACAAGAUGUCAGUUCUUUACAGAAGAGAAGAAAAAGCUAAACUCAGAGCAGCAGAUUGUCUGCAGUGCUGUAUAGUACAUGACAAAAGUGACAGCUUAGGCCAAUUCUAAACUUUAGGUUUGGUGAUUUCUCUUCAGACAACUUUAAGGACAUAGUUUCACUGCUUGUAUAUUUGCUCCAUUAUUGAUACCAUUAUUGUAUGAUUAUGAGUAAAAUUAAAUCUCAGGAGCAAAGUAGAUUCACACAACAAUCAGGUAAUCAUCUAUGCAGUACUUUUAUAGGUAUAAGUUGUUAUCAAAGAGGAAUUUCUCACAAAAGCUCGAGUUAAAUAUUUAGAAAAUUCAUGGGAAAUAAAUUCCAUGUUCUAAGGUCUUAAUAAGAUAUUUAAAUUGAGUAUUGAUCAGACCUGCAGCCAACAGAGCAGAAACGUCUCAGACCAGAUGUUAAACCAGAUCUUCAGCUAAAUCAUCCAUUGCACACCUUGUACAUACAGUACAGGCUAAUACCACUGAUAAAAUCAGUCAGAAACUGAUAAUCAUGUGGUCGGCAUGUACUGGCAGUAUCUAACAGAAAUGACAACACCACCUCUGCCAUGGUUUGAAUACCAAAUGUGAUGAUCCUACAGCCAAUCACGAGACAAAUGUCCAGUGUGGAGGAAAUGUCAUCCGACUCUGCACUCACCAGUGCCUGUGACAGAUUGUGUGCAAAUCAGAUUCAUUUUCCAGAGAAAUUCCUUUUGAAACCUUAAGUUCAUAUUUGUAUAAGGCUGACAUCAUGUACUGUAUGUGUCUGAUGAUUUGAGUUACAAGGUUUGUCAUCACACACCACUGAUUGCUGUCAGGCCUGCUUUAGUGUCAUUGUAGCUUGUAAUUGCAAACUUC